UGUUCAACACGGUGUACAACAGCGACGACAACGUCUUCGUGGGCGCGCCCACGGGCAGCGGCAAAACCAUCUGCGCCGAGUUCGCCAUCCUGCGCAUGCUCCUGCAGAACUCCGAGGGCCGCUGCGUCUACAUCACCCCCAUGGAGGCCCUGGCCGAGCAGGUUUUCAUGGAUUGGUACGAGAAGUUCCAGGAGCGCCUCAACAAGAAGGUGGUGCUGCUCACGGGGGAGACCAGCACGGACCUGAAGCUGCUGGGCAAAGGGAACAUCAUCAUCAGCACCCCGGAGAAGUGGGACAUCCUCUCCCGCCGCUGGAAGCAGCGCAAGAACGUCCAGAACGUCAACCUGUUCAUCGUGGAUGAAGUGCACCUGAUCGGGGGCGAGAACGGGCCUGUGCUGGAGGUGAUCUGCUCGCGCAUGCGCUACAUCUCGUCGCAGAUCGAGCGGCCGAUCCGCAUCGUGGCGCUGAGCUCGUCGCUGUCCAACGCCAAGGACGUGGCGCACUGGCUGGGCUGCAGCGCCACGGCCACCUUCAACUUCCACCCCAACGUGCGCCCCGUGCCCCUGGAGCUGCACAUCCAGGGUUUCAACAUCAGCCACACGCAGACGCGGCUGCUGUCCAUGGCCAAGCCCGUGUACCACGCCGUGAUGAAGCACUCGCCCAAAAAACCCGUCCUGGUCUUCGUCCCAUCCCGCAAACAGACUCGGCUCACGGCCAUCAACAUCCUGACCACCUGCGCCUCCGACGUCCAGCGCCACAGGUUCCUGCACUGCGCCGAGAAGGACCUGGUGCCGUACCUGGAGAAGCUGAGCGACCCCACGCUGAAGGAGACGCUGGUGAACGGGGUCGGGUACCUGCACGAGGGGCUCACGGCCAUGGAGCGGCGCGUGGUGGAGCAGCUCUUCAGCUCCGGAGCCGUGCAGGUGAUGGUGGCCUCGCGCAGCCUCUGCUGGGGCAUGAACAUCUCGGCACACCUGGUGAUCAUCAUGGACACGCAGUACUACAACGGCAAGAUCCACGCGUACGUGGAUUACCCCAUCUACGACGUGCUGCAGAUGGUCGGCCACGCCAACCGCCCGCUGCAGGACGACGAGGGGCGCUGCGUCAUCAUGUGCCAGGGCUCCAAGAAGGAUUUCUUCAAGAAGUUCCUGUAUGAGCCUCUGCCGGUGGAGUCCCACCUGGACCACUGCAUGCACGACCACUUCAACGCCGAGAUCGUCACCAAGACCAUCGAGAACAAGCAGGACGCCGUGGACUACCUGACCUGGACCUUCCUGUACCGCAGGAUGACCCAGAACCCCAACUACUACAACCUGCAAGGCGUGUCCCACCGGCACCUGUCGGAUCACCUGUCGGAGCUGGUGGAGCAGACCCUCAGCGACCUGGAGCAGUCCAAGUGCAUCAGCAUCGAGGACGAGAUGGACGUGGCCCCCCUCAACCUGGGCAUGAUCGCCGCCUACUACUACAUCAACUACACCACCAUAGAACUGUUCAGCAUGUCCCUCAACGCCAAGACCAAGGUGCGGGGGCUGCUGGAGAUCAUCUCCAACGCCGCCGAGUACGAGAACAUCCCCAUCCGGCACCACGAGGACAACCUGCUGCGCCAGCUGGCCCAGAAGGUGCCCCACAAGCUGACCAACCCCAAAUUCAACGACCCCCACGUCAAGACCAACCUGCUGCUGCAGGCCCACCUGUCCCGCAUGCAGCUGAGCGCCGAGCUGCAGUCGGACACCGAGGAGAUCCUCAGCAAGGCCAUCCGGCUGAUCCAGGCCUGCGUGGACGUGCUGUCCAGCAAUGGGUGGCUCAGCCCGGCGCUGGCCGCCAUGGAGCUGGCCCAGAUGGUCACCCAGGCCAUGUGGUCCAAGGACUCGUACCUGAAGCAGCUGCCCCACUUCACCUCCGAGCACAUCAAACGCUGCACGGACAAGGGCGUGGAGAGCGUGUUUGACAUCAUGGAGAUGGAGGACGAGGAGCGCACGGCGCUGCUGCAGCUGCCCGAGGCGCAGAUCGCCGACGUGGCGCGCUUCUGCAACCGCUACCCCAACAUCGAGCUGUCCUACGAGGUGGGCGACAGGGACAGCAUCCGCAGCGGUGGCCCCGUGGUGGUGCUGGUGCAGCUGGAGCGUGAGGAGGAGGUCACCGGGCCGGUGAUCGCCCCCCUGUUCCCACAGAAGCGUGAGGAGGGCUGGUGGGUGGUGAUCGGCGACUCCAAGUCCAACAGCCUCAUCUCCAUCAAACGCCUGACGCUGCAGCAGAAGGCCAAGGUGAAGCUGGACUUCGUGGCCCCGGCCGCGGGCACCCAGCACUACACGCUGUUCUUCAUGAGCGACGCCUACAUGGGCUGCGACCAGGAGUACAAGUUCAGCGUGGACGUCAAGGAGGCCGAGAGCGACUCCGAGUCCGACUGAGCCCCACGCGGCCCCGGGGAUCCCCAAAAUCCAUCGGGAUCCCAAAUGGCCCUGAGAAAACCCUCAGAAUUCCAAAAUAUCCCACAGAAUGCUAAAAUGGCCCAGAGAAUCCUAAAAAGUCCCUCAGGAUCCUAAACGCCCCUCAGGAUGCCAAAAUUAUCCCAGUGAAAUCCCACAGAAUCCCAAAAUAUCCCAGUAAAAACCAAAAAAAUCCCAGCAAAAUCCCACAGAAUCCCCAAAAUCCCGAAAUAUCCCAGUGAAAUCCCAGCCAGAUACUGUAAAAUACCAGAAAAUUCUAUCAAAAUCCCACAGGAUCCCAGCAACAAUCCCAUAAAAUCCCCCAGGUCCCCCUCCCGCGUUCCCAGUGGUUUUUAGGGUUUGGAUGUUUUGUACAGUUUUGUUUUUUAGGUUGGAAUAAACUUCAGGAUGUGACUCG